CCAGCUCCCAGGCGCUUCUGCAGCUGUGCCCUCUGCCGCAUCCACACACUAAACUGAGCAGCAAGAGCUUACAUCCCGGCCUGGCGCGUUUGUAAAACCUCAGCUGGAUUCUGAACAUGACACUGGACUUAAUGGCCUUAGGCCAAGCAUGGCUGUUAGCCUCAACACCAAAGCCUCUUGCCUGCUUGGAAGGGCCUCUGCCACCUUCUGUUUGGGGAUCAGCCACCUCUCCGAACAGAUGAAAACAGCAGUCGGCAAUUUGGGCAAGUUGUUUAACUGUUAGGUUAAACUGCUGGGUCUCUGCUCCAGCCCUCUAAGUUACAUAAUGUGACCCUGUUGAAAAGACUGAUAAUACCAUUUGGGAGCAGGAAGCCAAUUUCUGACUGCUUAUUGUUGGUGGGUGGGGCAAGGGCUGGGGUCAGGGAACUCGGCAGAAUGUGGCAAGGGUUUAAGGAACAAAAGGGGCCUGGCAGAUGGAGAGGGCAGGAAGGCUUGGGUGACCAAGGCUUGGGGAUAAAACUGAUUGGUGUGUCAGCAAAAUCUGUCAUUGGCUUUGGCGAUUCAAAAGGCAGACACGUUUUCUCAUCUCUGCUAAUCCUCAUCUGAUACAGAGGAUUUUCCAGCCACUAUAUCUCCAGAAAGAAAGGGGGAAAAAAAAGGCAAUCAAACCUGCUCGCACAGCCUUGCUCUUCGCUGGUGUGCCCCCAGCUCCAGCCUUUAUUUCUUAUUGCAACAUUUCUUGGGCGAUGGAGGGGCUGGGGACGCUGUGGGCAGCCCCCCAGGAUGGUAGGGAUCCUACAGCUGAACGGUGCUAAGCCGCCAGGUGCAAGAAGGCCGAGGGAUGCUGAUCCUGCUUCUUCAUGCGGUGGUCUUCGGCCUGCCUUGCACCCGGGCCACCGAGGCCUGUUUGCAGGCCUGCCCUGCGGCCUGCACCUGCAGCAGCGUGGAGCGCGGCUGCUCGGUGCGUUGCGACCGUGCGGGCCUCCUGCGGGUGCCCACUGAGUUUCCGUGCGAGGCCGCCUCCAUCGACCUGGACCGGAACGGCCUGCGCAUCCUGGGCGAGCGGGCCUUCGGCACGCUGCCGUCGUUGCGCCGCCUGUCGCUGCGCCACAACAACCUGUCCUUCAUCACGCCUGGCGCCUUCAAGGGUCUACCGCGGUUGGCCGAGCUGCGCCUGGCGCACAACGGCGAGCUGCGCUAUCUGCACGCGCGAACCUUCGCCGCGCUGGCUCGCCUGCGCCGCCUCGACCUGGCGGCCUGCCGCCUGUUCAGCGUGCCCGAGCGUCUGCUGGCCGAGCUGCCCGCCCUGCGCGAGUUCACGGCCUUCGACAAUCUGUUCCGCCGCGUGCCCGGGGCGCUCCGAGGGCUGGCUAACCUGACGCACGCGCACCUGGAGCGCAGCCGCAUCGAGGCUGUGGCCUCCAGCUCGCUGCGGGGCAUGGCGCGCCUGCGCUCGCUCAGCCUGCAGGCCAACCGCGUGCGCGCAGUGCAUGCCGGGGCCUUUAGCGACUGCGGUGCCCUGGAGCAUCUGCUGCUCAAUGACAACCUGCUGGCCGCGCUGCCUGCUGCCGCCUUCCUAGGCCUCCGCCGCCUGCGCACACUCAAUCUGGGUGGCAACGAGCUGGGUCGUGUGGCUCGUGCCUGGUUCUCCGACCUGGCAGAGCUCGAGCUGCUUUACCUGGAUCGCAACAGCAUCACUUUUGUGGAGGAAGGCGCCUUCCAGAACUUAUCAGGCCUCCUGGCCCUGCAUCUCAACGGCAACCGCCUCACCAUGCUCUCCUGGGCCGCUUUCCAGCCUGGCUUCUUCCUGGGCCGCCUCUUCCUCUUCCGCAACCCUUGGCAUUGUGACUGCCAUCUGGAGUGGCUGCGCGAUUGGAUGGAGGGCUCUGGGCGUGUGGCUGAUGUGGCAUGUGCCUCCCCAGGUUCCGUGGCCGGCCUGGACCUCAGCCAGGUGGUCUUUGAGCGCUCCUCUGAUGGCUUGUGUGUGGACCCUGAGGAGCUGAACUUUACCACAUCUAGUCCAGGGCCCAGGCCAGAGCCGGUGGCCACCACCGUGAGCAGGUUCAGCAGUCUCCUCUCCAAGCUGCUGGCCCCAAGGGUCCCCGUGGAGGAAGUAGCCAACACCACCUGGGAGCUGGUCAACAUCUCGCUGUAUGACAGCCUUCCCUCUCGUGGAGUGGUGGUCUUGGGUUGCAAGGCCACGUUUCUCUUUGUCUCUUGCCCCUUGCUCACCCUGGCACAGUAUGGAGUGUUCAGCCUACAGAGGGACUGACUCUGUCACAGGGAAGUGACCCAAACCACUUCGGCCAAAAGGGGAAGGUUUGCUUGGCUGUGAUUGGGAGUGUCUGUAGUUGAGUGGAGAGGAAAUAGGAUUAGGGUUGGUGAUAAAAGUUCUUGUAGAGGUGGAAGAAACACUAUCUCCAAAGAUAGCCCUAGGCAGAGGAGCACUCUGGGAAAUGCCACUGAAGUAGGUAUAAAUUUCUGCUCUUCUCACAUGGGCAUCCAUUGAAAAAGAGAAGAAUGAACAAGGGCUCUUGGGUGGGUAGGUGAGGAAUGGAAGUUCCUGGGACUCCUGCCCUCCAUCUCCAGGCAACAAUGCCCACGGGGCCUACAUUAAAGCGGGACUCGAUUGGCUAAGUACUAAGAACCAUCUUUUUUUUUUUUUUUUUUUUU